UCAACAUGUGCCGUUCACCACCUCCACACUUCUUCACCUCCUUUUGAUCGCCGUACUGUCACCGGGGUCUUAUUUGUUCUCAUCUCCUAGUGCAGGUUUUUAUUUUUGAAAGAGUGUUUUAAAAAAAAAAUAUAUUAUUAUUAAUAUUGCGGGGCCGUCAUGGAGAAGCUGCGGCGUCAGUCUGCAGCCUGCGAGUCACAUCCUUUCUACCACGAAGUGAAGAUGAGCAGCACCCAAAGGAUCAGGGGUGUCCUCCAAGGAAGCGUCCUCUUCCCACUUCGGCUCGUCCUGAUGAGCGUCUUCAUGCUCCUCAUGUGGCCCCUGGCCCUCCUUCGCUUGGUCGGCCUGUCGGCGGAGGAGCGCUCCCGUCCCAUCACGGGCUGGCGCCGAUGGCUGUUCCACCCGCCCAUAUGGUUGCUGAGCCGGGCCGUCUUUUUCUGCAUGGGCUUUGUGUGGAUCAAGGUGAAAGGUCGGCGGGCCGACCUCAAGGAGGCGCCGGUGUUGGUGGUGGCGCCUCAUAGUAGCUUUCUGGACAUGCUGGUUCUGUGUCCCACCCAACUCCCCACGGUGGUGUCCCGCUCCGAAAACACCAGCUUGCCGGUCAUUGGCGCACUCCUGGAGUUCAACCAGUCGGUCAUGGUGAGCCGAAGUGAUCCGGACUCCAGACGAAAAGCCGUGGCCCAGAUCACAGAGAGGAUAACCUCCAACGGCUACUGGCCCCAGAUGCUGAUGUUCCCUGAAGGCACCACGACCAACGGCAGCGCUCUCAUCAAGUUCAAACCCGGUGCCUUUCUCUCAGGAGUCCCGGUCCAGCCAGUUCUAUUGCGAUACUCCAACAAAGUGGACACUGUUCGCUGGUCCUACACGGGGACAACAUGGUAUGAGGCGCUGUGGCACACCGGCUCACAGCUCUUCACCAACAUCACCGUGGAGUUCUUGCCCGUCUACACACCCUCGCCGGAGGAGAGGUCUGACCCCAGCUUGUACGCCGACAACGUGCAGAAGCUCAUGGCCGAUGUCCUCAGGAUCCCGGCUACAGACUACGUGAUGGACGGAGGCGUGCCCGUCUGCAAAGUGGGCGGUCUCUCAGUACCGCUGGUGUCGCCCGGCCAUCGAACGCUGACUCUGCUGCACAGGGCUGGCUUGGGAGUAUGUGAGGUGGAAGCGGCACUGGACAGAAUACUUGACCGGUGUCAGACCGUCACCCAGGGGUCAAUGGUGAGUGCCAAAGAGCUGUCCUCGCUUCUUGGACUGGCGGACCAGCGGACAUCGGUUACCAUCCUCAGCUUUUACUCCAAGGAAAAAAUGGUGGACCUGAGGCAAAUCUAUUUGAAUGUGGCAGCCCUCUCUGGCCUGGUUAGCAUCAAGUCUCUCCUUCACACAGCCUUCAGUUUGUUUGGCGUAAAUGACAAAGGAAGUCUGAGUGCUGAGGAGCUUGCUGGCCUGAUGGGGGCGCUGCUGGGCUUACGUCAGCAUCACACUGCUGACCUUUACUUCGCGGCUUCCAACAACGGCCUGUUGACUCCUGAUGACCUUCUGCGGGCGUUGACAAGCCACCCGACCUAUGAGGUAGUGGCGAGCAGGCACCUGCAACCUGGCAAGGCAACAAGUCGGCUGCUGGCCCACAGGAAGGUUGUGAACAACAACAGAGACAUGCUCAAUGGUAACAAAUCUCUCAAAAGGGAAUGAGGAUUUUUUUUUUUUUUUUUUUUUUUUUUUUUUUUUUUUUUACUUCAGUGUGGCUUCAACCAAAAACAAUCCAAACAAAACUAAUUUGGCCAUUUAUGCCAUGUGAAGUCCUUGUAAAUGUAUUUAUGUCUUAUCUAUAACUCUUUUUAAAAAGGAGAAAGCUGUGAAAAAUAAAUGUUUUUAUACAUAUUUCUUCAUUUAUUUUGACAUGUGUAAUUAAAUGCAAAAUUGUUUAUCAUUUUGCACACUUUUAAGAAUGAUCUAUAUUAUAUACGGUUUGUUGUGAUAGCUUGCAAAGUCAAAAGUUUUUAUUUUAAGUG